CCCCGAUUUCUAUUUCCCGUUUCCCACCUCAAUUAUUGUCUCGUCUCCCUCCCCCUCUCGGGCGCUCUCUCCUCCUCCUCCUGCACCCGCCCUCCCGUCCCAUCUCCUCGCAUAUCGGCGUCGGGAAUGGCGGCCGCGGUGUGGGCGCUGGUGGUCGUGGCGGCGGCGCUCGCGGCGGAGGGGCGCGGGGCGGCGGGGGCGACGGCGACAGCGACGGCGGCGGCAGAGGCGGCCAACGCGGUGCUGCGCGCGCACCAGCUCCCGGGCGGCCUGCUGCCCCGGUGGAUCACGGCGUUCCGGCACGACGCCGCCACGGGGCGCUUCGAGGCCGAGCUGGAGGCGCCCUGCAUCGCGCGCUUCGAGGUCGACCUGCGCUACAACGCCACCGUGGCAGGGGUCAUCAGCAGCGGCCAGAUCGCCUCCAUCUCCGGGGUCGCCGCCAAGGACCUCUUCAUGUGGUUCCGCGUGGAGGACAUCAGGAUCGACGACUCCUCCGCCGGCGUCAUCAUCUUCAACGUCGGCGUCGUCAAGAAGCACUUCCCGCGCGCCGUAUUCGACGCGCCGCCGCCCUGCACGCCCGACCCGCUCCUCCGGCUCCGCACCACACCGCAGCGGCUGGAGGACUUCGACGGAUUGCUCACGGGCGGCGCCGCGUCGCAAUGAUGGGACGGGCGAUCCGACGGCGCCGGCGAGCCGGGACCACCAGAAGCGCAGUUUUGAGAGAAGAUUAUCGCCGGCCGGCCGGCCGGCCGGCUUCCGUGCACAUAGAAGAUAGCGUGGGCAUUCCUUCUGUUUUCGCCUACUCCUAGCUAGCUAGCGACCAACCGACCCCUUCCGCAUCGUUUCGUCACCUCUGUUCUCGUUGUCGUCCAUGUCCGUGUCCUUUGCGGGCGGAAGCCGGCGGCCGGCGGCCACGGAGAAUCCUGCCGAUUCGGCAGGCAGCGAUGGGGGAAGGAAGGAUGCUCGCUCGGCCGGUCAUGUUGCCUGCGUGAGUGCGCGCCGUCCUUCUGUACCUCCUCAUGGCCCGGUGGCCGCGGCGGCGGCCGUCGGCGAUAUUUUUCGCGGUAAUGGAUGGUUCUUGUACAUGUCCAUUCUCAAUGUCCAGGCUUCAGGUGAUGAUA